AUGCUCUCUAAUAACCUGACUGAAUUUAUUCUUCUUGGGCUUCCAUACAGUCCCCUGAUACAAACAUGUAUCUAUGUUGUGUUUCAAUGUAUUUACAUUCUGUCGCUCCUUGGUAACGCAACCAUUAUAGCCACUACCUGCACAUACCGCCAGCUCCAAACACCAAUGUAUUAUCUACUUACAAGUUUGGCCUUCUUGGACAUCUUCUUUAUUUCUUCCACUGUCCCAAAACUGCUAAGUAUUCUGAUGGGUGGAAGUCAAGUUAUCUCUUUGUAUGGCUGUCUUUUACAAUUCUAUGUGUAUAUGUCUCUGGGUGGAACUGAGUUCUUCCUGCUGGCUGCAAUGUCUCUUGAUCGCUACCUUGCCAUCUGUCACCCUUUAAGAUACAGUGCCAUCAUGACCAGUGACAACUGCCGGAGACUCACUGUUGGCUCAUGGGCGUUUGGGUUCUUAAACAGCAUUCCAUUUAUGAUUUUGAUAUCUCAGUUUCAAUUUUGCAAAAGACCUGCAGUCAUUAACCACUUUUUCUGUGAUGCCUCUGCUCUCCUUCAUUUGUCCUGCUCAGACACACGGGUAGCUAGGAAUAUGCUUUUUGGUCUUGCUGCCUCUACUAUUCUUAGUUCAUUUAUUGUCACUGUAUCCUCCUACUUCUUCAUACUCUUAUCGAUCUAUGGUAUUUCAUCACCACAUGGCAGAAGGAAACUCUUUUCAACUUGCUCCUCACACUUUGUGGUGGUAUCCAUUAUUUAUGGCACCUGCAUUUUUCUCUAUGUCAGGUCUGGUGAGUCUGGGCCUUCCAGUACAGGAAAGGUUGUGUCUAUCUUUAAUAGUAUUUUUAUUCCAUUUCUCAAUCCAUAUAUUUACACUUUGAGGAACAAAAUUCUAAUGAAUAUUCUAAAGGGGUUAUGGAGGAAGAAUGUACGGCUCUGCAUCAAAGAGUAG